AGGGGUCCAUCAGAAUGUCACAACCUGCAGCAGCGACAGUGGUGCAACCGACAGUGACGGAGGAGAAAGUUACUAUACCUUCGCUGCUGAAACCUUUUAUGAAUCCAGGAAGCUAUGAAGAGCUCCACCGAAAAGCCAGAGAUGUCUUUCCGACCUGCUUUGAAGGUGCCAAAGUUAUGGUCAGCAAAGGAUUAAGUUCUCACUUCCAGGUCUCUCAUACGUUGUCGAUCUCUCCAGCAAACACAGGGUAUCGCUUUGGUGCCACCUAUGUUGGCUCAAAGGUUGUCGGUCCUCAGGAGCAAUAUCCUAUCUUCCUCGGUGACACGGAUGUUGCAGGAAACACCACUGCGACAUUACUUCAUCAGUUCGGUGACAAUUAUCGAGUACGUUUACAAGGACAAGUCCAGCAAGGUAAACUUGUUGGGGCUCAAGGGACGUUUGAGAGAAGAGGCCGCCUUACAACAUUAGGUAUAACUAUGGCCAAUACUGAUAUAGUGAAUGAGAGUGGAGUUGUGGUUACACAGCUGCUCCGAAAGCUCACUGAUCGGCUUGACAUCGGUGCGGAACUGUUGUACCAGUAUGGAAAGCAAAUUCCUGGUCAACAGGUUUCUAUGCUGUCAUACAGUGCCCGGUACACAACUCCGAUUUGGACAGCUGCAGCCACCCUCGGGUCUUCAGGUGCUCAUUUUACUUAUUAUCAUAAGCAGACGGAUAAUCUUGCAUUCGGGGUGGAAUUCGAAAGCAAUGCUAACGUCGGCGAGGCUGUUGGCACCAUUGCUUAUCAAGCUGAACUACCAGAUGAAGGUGUUACUAUGCGAGCUAGUAUCGACACAAAUUGGUCCGUUGGUGGUGUAUUUGAGAAAAAACUCAGCCAGCAACUACCGUUUACUCUGGCGUUGUCAGGGUUGUUCAACCAUGCCAAGGUAGCCGGCAAGUUUGGAGUUGGACUUAUAAUUGGUUGAGCUCAUCUUGCAUGGAAUACAGCUCACACUGCUGAUAAGCGUUUGGGUUGUUGUUUCAUUCUCAAAUAUGUAUAUCUCUCAAACUUGAUAUCACCCAAAAAUUUUCAUGAUUUUUUUCGCUCAUGAAGGUUUGUGUGAAUUCUAUUUUUACGCUGUCUGUUGAUUCUUGUCAUUUCAUUGCAUUGCGGUUAUCGAAGGCCUUGUUUUGAUAGAAUCUUGAAUCAUUACUGCUAAUGUCCUCUUGUAAACAAUGACAACUUUUCGUGUUGUCACUGACCCCUCUCAAAAUCCCGAACUUGAGGCAAUUCUGGAUCAUAGCUUUUAGUUUUACUACUUUUGCUGUUGUAUUGAAUUAAUUUCCGUUGUCAUUUUCACUAGGUUUCAAAUUUUUGUAGCUUAGUAUAGGCAUUUAGGAUCCAGGCAGUAUAGGUACCUCUCAUCUGAUGCACGUUGUUAUAUGUUCCCUGUUAUAAAGUAUAGAAUUUUUGUUCAAUGAAUAUUGUUGAGCGC